CAACUAUAUAUUAACUCCUUUCUCAGCUCUUUUCCUCAGUGAAUUCUCAACUUCUUCUGUGAGCAUUUUCAAUGGGACACCAUCUCCAAAGUCAGCACAAAGGUGUCUCAUCUUCAGCCAAAAAACAAACGAAAUUCAAAGAGAGAGCAUCAUCAAACACCACAGCAAAGACUUGCAAAAAAAGCAAGUUUGUUGGGGUGAGGCAAAGGCCUUCUGGGAAAUGGGUGGCUGAGAUUAAAGACACAACCCAGAAGAUUAGAAUGUGGCUCGGUACAUUUGAGACUGCUGAAGAAGCAGCAAGAGCUUACGAUGAAGCUGCCUGCCUUCUCCGUGGAUCCAAUACGAGAACCAACUUUGCCACUCCUGUUUUUACCAAUUCCAACCUCUCUUUAAAGAUCAGAAACCUGCUUAAUCACAAAAAGAGCCUCAAACAAAGCCCCCCCGCACAAUCCACCACGGUUACCAACACAAAAGCUAGCAUUAAACCAAGUACUAUAGUUAGUACUAAUAGUAGUAUUGUGAGUGAUAGUAUAAACAAUGACAGUUUUCUUUAUAAUGGCAUGAAGCAAGAUGGCCUUGUGUUUGAAGAUGCAUACAAGCCUGAUUUGAGCAGCUGUAUCGCAGAACUUGAACCGAGUACUUCUCAUUUUGAUCAUUCAUGGCCAUUCCCAACUGGGUUUGAUCCGGUUCCAUUUGCUCCACAAGGAGGGUUCCAAUUGCCUAAACAUAAUGGUUUGUUUCCAGAAUAUCCAGCUGAUAUAGAGUUAUCAGAAUUCGAACGGAUGAAGGUAGAAAGACAGAUUUCAGCAUCUCUAUAUGCAAUGAAUGGAGUGAACGACUACUUGGAAAAUGCAUUUGAUUAUCAAAGUCAAGCUGUAUGGGAUCUCCCCUCAGUGGCACAAACCUCACUCUUUUUUUCUCAAUGUCAUGAGUUUUGAAUGCACAGA